AAUCAACAAAAAAAAGAGAAAAGAGGGAAGAAUUGAAAUGGCAGCAUCAACUUCAACCCUUACAGCUCUAACUCAUAACUCUGACACCGCUAAAGAAGAUUCUGAUCACUCCAACAAUCCUUCUUUCCCUGCGGAUAAUUUCGCUUCCCGCAAUGCUUCCUCUAAAUACGACUAUGUCAAGGUAAAGGUGUGGCUUGGCGAUCACGCUGAUCAUUAUUACGUUUUCUCCAGAUUUUUGCUGAGCAGAAUGUUAACUGUCACUAAGAUACCAAAUCAUGCAGCUAUUAGAAUUGCUCUUGAACUCAAGAAGCUACUUAUAGAUAACAGCCUUCUAGAUGUCUCUCAGUCUGAUCUUGAAGCUAACCUAUUUAAGAUUCUAUGUGAAGCAGCAUAUGGAGCGACAGGGAUAUGGAGAAGAGUACAUUAGACGUUACAAGAUGAUGACAAGAUUUCACCAUCAGAGAGUGCCUUUGGUAAUUCUUGUUUGCGGAACUGCUUGUGUUGGGAAAUCUACCAUUGCUGCCCAACUUGCACAAAGGCUGAAUUUGCCUAAUGUCUUACAGACAGAUAUGGUGUAUGAAUUGCUACGGACAUCAACUGAUGCACCAUUGACCUCUACUCCUGUUUGGGCACGAGAUUUCAGCUCUUCUGAGGAGCUAAUUAGUGAAUUUUUUAGAGAAUGCAGAAUUGUUCGUAAAGGUUUGGCUGGUGAUUUGAAGAAAGCAAUGAAAGAUGGAAAGCCAGUCAUAAUAGAGGGUUUACAUUUGGACCCAAACAUUUAUUUAAUGGAUGAAGAACAUAAGUCAUCAGCUAAUAUACCAGAAAAAAGUAAGGAAUCAAGUCCUGUAUCCUCCACAGAUGAUGAUCCCGCAACAAAGAUGGAAGAUAAUCCUACUAAUGCUGGUGAAAGCCACACUGAAAAUAGAAAAUCUACUCCUGGGAAUGUGAAUUUGGAAGAAGGGAAAUGUGGUGACCAGUGGAAUAAGGAUCCAGUUUCUCAGGAAUAUGUUAAAACUGCAGGAGGUAAAACUGUUAGAGAUACUGAGACAGAGAGGGACGCUUCUAUUAGGAAAGAAAAUUUGGGUCCUGAACCAAUAAUUAUACCCAUAGUUCUGAAGAUGGCCAAAUUCGAUCAUAAGGCAUUACUUGAAGAGUGGAUUGUGACUCAUACAUACAGUGAUAAAAGCCCAGUGGCAGUCCAGGAUAAAGAUAGAAUAAUUACCAAUCUCAAAACCAUUCGGAACUAUCUUUGCUCUUUCAAGUCACAGGGUCUGACUGUUGCCAAUAUAUCAGCAACAACAUUCACUCAAACGCUUGAUUGGCUGCAUGGACAUAUAUUGCAGUGCAUUGAACAAGGCAUUUCAUCUAUGUCCAGUGGAAACAUUCCGCAGCCUGCUGAAAAUUAGAUUUAGAUGCAGAUGUGAGCAUGGGGGCAGCGGCUGGUAUGAUCUAAACCUCCAGCACUUCAUUGCUGGUACAAUGGCCAAUAAAUUUAAAUGCAUCUCAGUCGAAUUUUCAAUGUAGUUCAAAAAAAAAAAAAAAAAAAAAAAAAAAAGAU